UCAGGUGGUGCCUCUAUAAAGCUCAUCACUGAUUUGCAGGAUUCAUCAAUACUUGGCUAGGACUCCCAUCACUUCUCAUGACCGGCAUCUUCAUCUCAGUCCUGGUUAGAGAUCACUGAGUUUCUGACUUCUUCCUCUGCAGCAGCAGCAGCAGCAGCACCGGCCCUCACAAGGAACCUCUGCAGCAACCUUCUAGGCUGACAUGAAGAUACUUGGCCGUGUGACCUUCUUCCUUCUGCUCGGGGGAAUAUUUGCUCAGAGCAGCCGUAAUGCUAAAGUGAGUGGGAAAUCCGCCAAGAGAGGUGGUGGUGGUGUUGCCCAAGCAGGCGAUGCCGGCCAGUCCACCCCGACGGCCGACGCUUCUCAAGGGAGCAGCAGGAACUCCGGGAGGUCAGCUGACUCGAGGCAGGACAGCACUGCAGGAAGUCGUGCAGCUGGACAACAGACGGACGAGAUGAGGCUGCAGUUCCUUCGGAGCGCCCAGGUGACAUGCAAUGAUGGAUCAGCGUCUGGGUUCUACCUAAAAGAGUUCAGAGGAAGCCGCAGAUGGCUGUUAUUUCUGGAAGGUGGCUGGUGCUGCUACAGCAAAGAGACCUGUGAUUCCAGGUACCAAAAUAUCCCCCGCCUAAUGAGCUCAUCGGGGUGGCCCCAAACUAAAAGAGGGACUGGAAUAUUGUCGUCCCAAGCAGAGGAAAACCCCCACUGGCAUAAUGCAAAUCUUGUAUUCAUCCCAUACUGUUCCAGCGACGUAUGGAGCGGCACGGGCCCUGCUCCGACUCCCGCUCCAAGAACAAGACAAGGAAAAGAUAAAGUGAAAGACAGAAGCACAAAUGCAACUGAGUAUUCUUUCAUGGGAUCCCUUAUCAUCCGGGAGGUCAUCAAAGACCUCAUUCCCAAAGGAAUCAAGCAGGCCAAGGUUGUCAUGCUGGCUGGCACCAGUGCUGGCGCGACAGGUGUUUUGCUCAACAUUGAGAGGGUCGCCAGCCAGCUGGAGCAGCUAGGUACCGAGGCUCAGGUACGCGGCCUGGUGGACUCUGGAUGGUUUCUGGAGAGCAAGCAGCAGCGGUCCCCCAACUGCCCAGCGACUGUUUCCUGCACACCUGAAGAUGCUAUCAAAAUAGGACUCAGGAUGUGGAACGGGGUUGUUCCGGAAAGGUGUCGGCAGCUCUACAAGAGAGGGGAGGAAUGGCAGUGCUUCUUUGGUCACAGACUGUACUCUACUUUGACCUCUCCACUCUUCAUUGUGCAGUGGCUGUUUGAUGAGGAGCAGCUGAGAGUGGAAAACAUCUACAUGGGCGGUCAGAGUCUGUCUGAGGAACAGUGGCAGUACAUCCAGAAUCUGGGUUUAGAAAUCAAAAACUCCCUGACAGAUGUGACGGCUGUAUUUGCUCCAUCUUGCCUCUCACACACAGUGAUCACCAAAAGCAACUGGAUGAGUUUCCAGGUGAAAGGCACAUCUUUGCCACGGGCUCUCCACUGCUGGGACAGAAGUCUGGAGGCAAUUCGCAACAACAGAACCCCGUCUAAAGGCUGCCCUUUCCACCUGGUGGACACCUGCCAGUGGCCUCAGUGUAACCCCACCUGUCCAGCUUUGGUGGACCAGGCCACCCAGCAGGAGCUUACUUUGCUCCAGAUGCUGGUCGCCAUGGGCCUUGACCCACAGAGGCUCGGCCUGGAUCCCGAGGGAGAAGGAGAUUCUCUGGUCAGCAUGGCCAAUAACGGUGGCUAAGUAAAAGAAAAAAAAAAAAACAGAGGGGAAGACAAAAUUUAAUGAAACAUAAAAGUGUUUGAAAUUUAAUGUAACCGUAGAAAUGCUUUUACAAAUCUGGUUACGAUAUGCUGUCCUGUUUAGCAUUCCAUAAUGCUCCUCAUCUGUGACUCGACUGGUUGGUAUGUUGCAGUGUUCUGGGUGUGUGUUGUUUACUGGGCCCUCUACUGGUCACAAGAGGGAAGAGCUUAGCAUCGAAAGUAUUCCAGCUAUCCAGGUCACAGUGGUUUGACCUUUUCCAGAUGUCUGGACAUAACCUAAAACACACUUUCAUCCCAAAGCCCUCUAACAUCCAGCAUCAUAGUACGAGCCUGUUAGUAGAGUUUUAACACACAAAAGUUCACAUCAAUGUCAGAGGCACAGCUCUAUUAUUUAAAUGAUAUACACUUCCAUCAGAUCGAAAAUACUAAUAAAUCUAAUAAUGUAAUCCAGCAAACUAUUCACACACGCACGCACGCACGCACACACACACACAAAUAGAAAACACCACAAAAUUUUGUGCACAAGCAGUCUGCUGAUUUUUGAUUGACUUUGAUUAUUUUUUAGCAACUGAUGUAAUACUAACUUAUUUAUAUAUACUUUUACGUUUAUGUGUUCUUUGCAUGCCAAAAUAAAAGUGUUAUGAGUUACUGAUGUGUUUUCUUUGAAGUCACUGCUCUUCUAUAUUUAAUCAUUCAGUUUAUUCUAAUCUGUGAAGUAACAGUGCAAUUUGUAACAUGUUGACGCCGUGGUGAUUCACCGCUCAGUUGUUAUGACUCAUUUUGCUGCCAUGCAAAUUACCAACUACUACCUUCCUGUCAAUAAUUGCUGUCAAACAUAUUAUAUAAUAUUUCUUUUUUUUCAUUUCAUUUAUGGACAGAUGGUUUAUUUCCAAGUCACUGCUUUAGUAAAGUCAACUGAUGUACAUGUUGAAAUAAAAAAUACAAUUUUGAACCCUC